GCUGGCCUCUCACUGCUGGAAACCCCUCCUUGCUGCCCACAGCCAGCAGGAUGCUGAGCUGGAUCGAGCGGGUGGUGCCCCAGCCCCCAGUUGCUCAUCUGGUGGAGGAGAUCCCUCCAACUCCAGCUCCAGAGCAGGACCUGGAGCCACCUAAGGUAAUGGGGAUCCAAGUCUGGGAUGUAGCAGGCACCCUGUGGGCAUGGUGGAGAGAUGCCUGGUGCUUCUGCAGCAUCCACAGAAGGGAUGAGGGCCAGGAUGCAUCCCCACUCUGCAGCAGAAAGUAUGGGGAGUCCCUGAGGUUUGCAGCUACCUUUGACCAGGGGACACUGUCUCCUUUCUUUUUUUUCUGGUACUUUCUGCCUUUCACCUUGAAGGCACCAACAGGGAAGGCUGAUGGCCCCAGGAAUGCUGCUGACUGCGCACGCACUGAAGAAAUGGACAAGAAGGUGGGAUUUGGAGUCCCUGAGGACCAAGGCUCUGUAUUUGAGAGCAUGGGGAGCAAUGUGCUGUCCUGGCUCUCCCAGGGACUGGAGAAGGUGAUUCCCCAGCCAGUCCCAGCCCCAGGGACACUGCAGGCAGUUGGGAAGAGCUUCGAGACAAGCAUUGAUGUUCCUGAUCAGACAGAGGUCCAGAUCCUCAAGGACGAGGAAGAGGAAGCUCUGGAGAUAAUCCCCUUCGAUCCGGAAGAUGACAAGCUGGAUGACUGUGAGCCGGAUCCUGGCUCGGAUUCUGCCACCACGGAGUGGGCAGGAGUGCGGGUGCUCAACUGGCUGGUGCAGGGCUUCGAGAGGAUGGUGCCACAGCCAGAGGUGCUGAAGAAGCUGGAGCCGGAGCUGAAGGAGCAGAAGUGUGAAGCAGCAGAGGGAGGUGAGUUCCCUGGGUGCCCUUUCAGAGGAUAUACUCUGGAACCUGGGUGCAGGCCGGCACUGUCCCUGUGGCUGCCCUGUCCAUGUGCCCCAGGGGAGGGCACACCAGGUCCCAGCAUCACAGCGCUAUCCCUACACCACUUCUGUCCCCAAACCCCAUGUCCUCAUUCCAGGCUGGAUCCCUGGGGGAGAAGCUCUCAGGGAGGUCCCCCAAGCCUGUCCUUCCAUGGGAGAGGUGACCCUUCCUCACCUGCUCCCCUUCCCCAAUGCACAAAAGGAACUAAACCCCAGGCAAAGCCAAAGAGCAACGAUCCAGCCACCCAGAGCACCCUGGCAGCAGUGGAGCCAGCAGUGGCUGAGACGCAGCCCGAGCCAGUGGCCACCCUUGUCCCUUGGUCCCUGGCUGGAGAUGGCAGCAGGGUGUUUGCCUGGUUGGUCCAGGGGCUGGAGAAGGUGAUGCCUCAGCCAGUGACAAGGGAGAAGCAGGAGGCACAGGGAAUGGAUGCAGCAACUCUGAGUCCCGUGGAAGAAAUCUACUAUGGCUGCCAUUUCAGGGGCCCAGAGAUCCCUGAAAUCCCCCCAGGAAUCCAUAAGGAGCUGUUGCUGCUUGAGAAGUGUUUCAGUCCUGGCAUGUGGCAGCAUCUCAUGGUUGAGGAGGGAAAACAUGGGAUCUGCCCUGGCUCUACCACUGGGCUCUUGAAAAUGCACUGCUCACUUCAUCACCUGCCUUCCCCCAUUCCUGUUUCAGUACACAUUGUCCCUGAGGAACCCAAGGAGACAGACCUCAUCCUGGAAGAGAUUGAUGGUGGCUGGAGUAAUGAAGCCAUGUGCGAAAUGAUGGCCUGGGAUGCUGAGGCUGAGAUGGUGGCAGAUACUCAUCCCCUUCUCCCCAUACAGGAGGAACCUCAGGAAGAUGAAAAUAGGGUGUGGUUGUGCUCCCUGAGUGCUGGUGAGGGGGAAGAGGAAACGGAGCAGGAUGGGGAGGAAGAGGAGGAGGAGGAGGGGAAAAAGGAGGAGGAGUUGAAGGACAGUGCAGGACUCCUGCUCCUAUCACCUUGUCUCACUGUUGAGGAGGAUGUGGAGGAAGUCUACUUUGCAGAGGAGGCCUUCAGGACUGAGCAGCUGGAAGAAGCUGAGAUAAGUGAUCUCGAAGGUGCUUUUAUACAGGUAGAAGAGGAGACAACUGAAGCUGCUGAAACCGAUGCUGAAGGAAGUAACCAGUGGCUUAAAGUGUGUUUUCAUAGUAAGGAGGCACCUAGCAGCAUGGCCAGGCGUGCCCGAGACGUCGAGCUAGAUCAGCUGGUGCACGACAAGCCGCUGGCUGUGGGGGAUUCCUCCCCUCCCGGCUGCGGUGAGCUAGAGCAGCUCCCCAAUGUCCCCAGCUACCGAGCCACCGCUGCCUCCUGCAUCCCAGCCUUUGCUGCCAGCAAGCCCAAGGCUGCAGCUGUCAAGCCCAACUUUUGCCAUGAGGAGCAACCUCCCCUAGGUAAUUACCCCACUGUGGACAUCAAGAAUGUGGACAGUAGAAGUAACACUGUAGAGGACAAUCGGAGCCACUUACCAGUGCCCACCGCUGCCAUUAACAUGCUGGCGGUGCCCAGAGUGGCUCCAGCAUCCCCCAGGAGGAAGCUGCUGGCCCCUGAGGAUGGUCUGGAGGAGGGACCCAUGAGCCAGUCCCCAAACCAAGCACUGCUGGGCUGUGAUGAGAAGCAGAAGGAAAGCCUGCCCGAGCGCAUUGGUUCAGCCACAAGCCUGAGCAGUGCUGUCAUCAACAACCGGCUCCAGGAGCUGGUGAGGCUCUUCAAGGAGAGGACGGAGAAGGUGAAGGAAAAGCUGACUGACCCCGACAUCACCUCAGAUGAAGAGAGCCCAACGGCAUCUCCCGCCAAGCCGGCACUGCCAGCAGCACCAGUCCCUCCCCCAGGAGCGCAGCCAGAGGGGGAGAAGGUAGCAGAAGAGGAGCACUACUGCGAGAUGCUGUGCUGCACGUUCAAGUACCGGCCCUGGCUGGACCUCCUGAGAAACUACCAGUUCCCCAGCAGCAUUGACCCACUCACGAAUCUGAUGUACGUGCUGUGGUUGUUCUUUGUUGUCAUGGCCUGGAACUGGAACUGCUGGCUGAUCCCUGUCCGGUGGGCUUUCCCCUACCAGACGCCAGCAAACAUCCACUGCUGGCUGUUCAUCGACUACCUCUGUGACCUCAUCUAUCUGCUUGACAUCCUCGUCUUUCAGACCCGGCUGCAGUUUGUCCGUGGGGGAGAUAUAAUAAGUGAUAAAAAGGCCAUGAAGGAGAACUACAUGCGAUCACAACGCUUUAAGAUGGAUAUGGUGUGUCUCCUGCCCCUGGAUUUCUUCUACUUCAAAGUUGGUGUCAACCCACUCCUGCGCUUUCCUCGCUGUCUGAAGUACAUGGCCUUCUUCGAAUUCAACAACCGCCUGGAGGCUAUCCUGACCAAGGCAUACAUCUACAGAGUGAUUCGGACCACAGCCUAUUUACUGUACAGCUUGCAUGUGAACUCCUGCCUCUAUUACUGGGCAUCAGCCUAUGAAGGACUGGGCUCUACCACCUGGGUCUAUGAUGGGGAAGGAAACAGCUACAUCCGCUGCUACUACUGGGCAGUCAAAACCCUCAUCACCAUUGGGGGCCUGCCGGACCCCAAGACACUGUUUGAGAUCGUCUUCCAGCUGCUGAACUACUUCACGGGUGUCUUUGCUUUCUCCGUCAUGAUAGGGCAGAUGAGAGAUGUGGUCGGUGCCGCUACCGCGGGGCAAACAUACUAUCGGAGCUGCAUGGACAGUACCAUUAAGUACAUGAACUUCUACAAAAUCCCCAAAACUGUUCAGAACAGGGUGAAAACGUGGUACGAGUACACAUGGCAUUCGCAAGGCAUGCUAGAUGAGUCAGAGCUGCUGGUGCAGCUGCCAGACAAGAUGAGGCUGGACAUCGCUAUUGAUGUGAACUACAGCAUCGUGAGCAAAGUGGCUCUCUUCCAGGGCUGCGACAGGCAGAUGAUCUUUGACAUGCUGAAGCGGCUCAGAUCCGUGGUCUAUCUGCCCAAUGACUAUGUGUGUAAGAAGGGAGAAAUUGGCCGUGAGAUGUACAUUAUCCAGGCGGGACAUGUGCAGGUGCUGGGGGGACCUGAUGGCAAAACUGUGCUGGUGACUCUGAAACCUGGAUCUGUGUUUGGAGAGAUAAGCUUGCUGGCAGCAGGAGGGGGCAAUCGCCGAACAGCAAACGUCAUUGCUCAUGGCUUCGCCAACCUUUUCAUUUUGGAUAAGAAGGACUUGAACGAGAUUUUGGUGCAUUAUCCAGAGUCUCAGAAGCUGCUGAAGAAGAAAGCCAAGAAAAUGCUGAAAAGCAACAAUAAACCCAAAGAUGCGAAAGGAGUCCCUGGAGACUCGCUGAUCAUCCCCCCAAAACCUGACACCCCAAAGCUCUUCCAGGCUGCUCUGGCUGCAGCAGGGAGGAUGGGGGGCAAAGGGCCGCUGGCACAGCUCCGCUGGAGGCUGAGGGAGCUGAAGGCAAUGCAGGCGAUGCAGGAUUCCAGAUUAAGUCCAACCCCGCCAAAAUCACCAGUGCAUCAGAGGUCACCUGUCAUCUCCCACAAAGCACGCACCCACCUGGGAGAAGAAAUAUUCUCUAAAUCAUCUGAUAGUUUAGUCACUAUUCGUGUGAUUUCCACAGCACAAGAAGAUGAAGAGAUCCUUGCUGCUGAGAUUUCAGGGCAAGAAGAGGAAAAAAAAGAUAAAUGAGAACCAAGCAUGUCCUGAGGCAGGAGUUAGGAGCUGUAGCUGUAGGCUUCGCUAGGUGCUGCGGAUAGGAUCUGCAUUUCCUUUCAGCCUAGACCUUCACUCACUGCUGAUAAAACCCUCUGUCAUAUGACCCAAAAUCAUACAAGGUUUCUGAGCUCUGAAACCUGAGCAUCUUUAUGAAUAUUCCCACUAAGUCUCAGGCCAGCCCUCUUGCUUCGAAAUCCAGCCUUGCAGAGAGGGAGCCCUGAAGAAAUUGCUUUUUAUGGCUCUGGGUGGUUAAUGAGUAUUCAGGUGAAGCGUGAAGAAUUCUUUGCCUCUGACAGCUGAGUCACAGCUUGGUCCAAAGCAACCAGGGGAGAUAAACAACAAGGUUUCUCUCUUGGGCUUAAGGUAGUCAGGAGCAGAUGGAGAGUGAUUAAUUCAAGAAGGAUGUGGACUAUGCUCACAGGCCGAGCACAGAUCCACUGUCACAACACCACCGAGGUCUGUCCUUGUGUGCAUGGACUGCAAGAUGCUUGAGGGUCCCUGUGUGGUGCCAAGACUGCCUUGGGUUUCCUGCUGGGAAGAGGAUUU